UAUAUAUAUGUCCACUUUAAAACAAUGUCAACAUCUCAAACUUCUACACAAAUUCCCCCCAAGUAUUUAAGAGAGGAUGAACUUAGUGAUGAAUGUAAGAAAUUGCUCUUAACUCUACCAAAAGAAAGAGGGUGGCUUAUAUCAGAUACCUACAAUUACCAAGGUUUUUGGUUAUCACCAAGACUACUACAAGGUGUGAUUGCAUGCCAACAACAAUUUCAAGCUCAUGAUAGUGAUAUCAUCCUUGCUACAACUCCAAAAUCAGGAACAACUUGGCUAAAAGCACUUUUAUUUGUCCUUGUAAACCGAGUGAAACAUCCUGUUUUUGAACAAAAUCACCCUUUACUUGUCAAGAACCCUCAUGAUCUUGUUCCAUACUUAGAGCUGACACUUUAUGUUGAUGGACAAGUCCCUAACUUUUCAUCCUUCACCACACCUAGACUCUUGUCAACUCAUUUGCCCUUUGCUUCAUUGCCAAAAUCUGUCCAAGAUUCAAGAACCAAACUUGUUUACUUAUGUAGGAAUCCUAAGGACAUUUUUAUUUCUAUGUGGCAUUUUGCAAAUGAUUUAAGACUUGAUCACACCGAUACCAGAUCCAUUGAAGAAAUGUUUGAGCUUUUUUGCAAGGGUGUGAGUGUUUUUGGUCCGUUUUGGAAUCACGUGUUGGAUUAUUGGAAAAAAAGCAUAGAAAAGCCAAACCAAGUGUUUUUCGUGAUGUAUGAAGAAAUUAAAAAACAACCCGAAAUUCAACUUAAACGCUUGGCUGAAUUCUUGGAUUGUCCAUUUUCCGUAGAGGAAGAAAACAGUAGAGUGGCGGAGGAAAUAUUAAGAAUGUGUAGUUUUGAGAAUUUGAGCAAUUUGGAGGUGAAUAUAAAUGGAAAAUUUUCAACUGGAGAGGCAAAUAAAUCGUUCUUUCGUAAAGGAGAAGUUGGAGAUUGGAAAAAUUACUUCACUAUAGAGAUGAGUGAGAAACUCAAUGAUGUGAUCGAACAAAAGUUUCAAGGUUCUGGUUUAAGGUUUUAGUAAUUAGUAUAUUUGAUUGAGCAUUCUGUUUUGCCAACUAUUACAUGCAGUAACUAAUAGUUGUCAUUCUACAUUUAAAAUUGAGUGUUUUUUUGUCACAUUAUUAUUGUAAA